UCGUUGGAACCCUACCGCAAGGGAACAUCCUUUAAUGACUGGUUUACCCGGUUGAAGUACCUUUUCCGGGUGAACAAUGUAAAAGAAGAAGAUAAAAUGGCAUUUUUCAUCACCAUGAGUGGUCCGGUGAUAUUUGCCGAGAUCAAACUGCUCUUUCCGACAGGCAAUUUUGAAGAAGCUUCAUUGGACGAUAUUGUGUCAAAGCUCAAAAACCGCCUGAAUAAGACGGACCCUGAUUUGGUACAAAGGUACAAAUUUAGUACCAGAGUACAAAACCCAGACGAAAGCACGGAAGAUUUCAUUUUGAAUUUAAAGCUUCAAGCUGAAUUUUGCGGCUUUGACAACUUUAAGGGGGUUGCUAUUCUGGAUCGGUUGAUAGCGGGUAUUAGAGACAAACAACUUAGACAACGACUUCUAGGGGAAGAAGCUUUAACUUUGGCAAAUGCGGAGAAGAUUAUUGCCACAUGGGAAGUAGCUCGAGUUAACGCAGGUACGGCAGAUCAAUCAAAUAUAGGACAUCCGGGAAUGAUAGCUGCAGUGAAUUCAAGAUCCUAUGAACAACGUGGAGUAGCGGCGGCAAGAUUGUCUCAAGUUUAUGAUUUAUCUCGAAAAUAUCAGGGCAUUGGGAACAAUGAGGGCAACACUAACAACAGGGGACCGGUAAGAAGCCGUUUAGGGUUUAGACCUGCGGAAAGAUGGCAGCAGACAAAUCGAGUUGGACGCGGAAACGAAGCAGUCAAUUAUCGUACACAAAAUGGACGUCGACAGUGGGUACGACCAGACUAUUCCCAGAUGAUUUGUAACUACUGCGGUGUCAAAGGCCAUAUCCGGAAGAAGUGUUUCAAAUUAAAAAAUUUGCAUCGGGAUGCGGUGAACAUAGUCGAUUCUUUUAAACCGGGGCCAUCGGCAGACAGGCACAUUUCAGAGUUGCUAGAAAGGAUGCAGACCAGAGACGAUGAAGAGGAUGAUGAUAGCGACACAGAUAUGCGUUGGAAGCGCGGAAACAAUGGCGCACAGGACGCAGAUCAGAGUCUGUAAGGGGAACGAUUCGUGGCGAGGGCCUAAUGUUUGGAUCACCAGAAAGAAGCACCAUGACACGACGAUAGACGAAGGCUUAGGAACACCUGUAAUUGAGCCGCCCAAUGGCGAAGAAGAAUUGGAGCAGGCUCCGAAGGGAGGUAGAAAGCGGAAGCGUCGUGAAUCGAUGAGUGAUCUAAGAAAGCCCCGAAGGUCCAAGCGGCCGAAAAAAGUGAAUCGUAGUGAUGAUUAUUAUUACAAUUAAGUUUUCGGAUUUAUUGUGAAUUAUUUGUUUUCAAAGUAUGAAUUUGAUAUCGAAAUGUUUUGAUUUUUAUUAGAUUAACUUCAAGUUCUGAUUAUAAGUAAAACUUUGUAAAGGGGAAGAACUGUUGUGAAUAACUUGAACACCCCUAUCGUCAUUUGAAGUAAUCGAAUACACAUAAACGUCAUUCGAAGUCAUCGCUCAUUCGAGCGAUCGGAACAGCCGAUGGGCUUAAAACUGAUUGCAAUAAACGAGACGAGUCAGUUGAUUCGGAACCUCCAAACGUAUCAGAUCGCUCUAUUCCUUGUCACGUAUUCACGGUUCCCAUACGUCUCGCAUU